UUCCUGCUUUCUGUUACGCUGACUCUCUUCAUUUCUGUACUGGAUUAAAAAAGGAUCAGAAAUCAGUGGAGAAUGAGGACAAACCCUUUCAAGGAAGAUUUCUGAGACAUUAAUUCCUGAACAGGCAGCAGAUUUUUGUGGUUUCAUUUUUAAACCGUCAUUCAGAAAGUAAAAGUAAGGUUGCUGGAGCUCAAACAAUGGAAAUGGCUUCACUAAAUGAUUCUGAAGAAGAACUUUCUUGUCCCGUGUGCUGUGAAAUCUUCAGGAAUCCUGUUCUUUUAUCAUGCAGUCACAGUGUGUGUAAAGAGUGUCUUCAGCAGUACUGGAGAACCAAGACAACUCAGGAGUGUCCUGUUUGCCGGAGAAGGUCUUCAAGAGAUGAUCCUCCAGUUAACCUUGUGUUAAAAAACUUUUGUGAGUUCCUGAAGGAGAGAAAUGAGAGAUGCUCAUCAGCAUCUGAGGAGAUCUGCAGUUUACACAGUGAGAAACUCAAACUCUUCUGUCUGGAGGACAAACAGCCUGUGUGUGUGAUGUGUGUUACUUUACAACAACACGACAAUCACAAAUUCAGACCCAUCAGUGAAGUGGCUUCAUCAUACAAGGAGGAGCUCAAUACAGCACUGAAGUCUUUACAGGAGAAACUGAAACACAAUGAAGAAAUGAAAGUUAAGUUUGAGAAAACAGUUCAACACAUCAAGUCUCGAGCUGAUCACACAGAGCGUCAGGUUAAACAUGAGUUUGAGAAGCUUCAUCAGUUUCUCCGAGAUGAAGAGGAAGCUACAAUCACUGCACUGAGAGAGGAAGAGGAGCAGAAGAAGCAGAUGAUGAAGGAGAAGCUGGAGGAGAUGAACACACACAUCUCAGCUCUUUCACACACGAUCAAAGACACGGAGGAGAUGCUGAAAGCCAAUGACGUCUGCUUUCUAAAGGAGUUUCCAGUCUCGAUGGAAAGAGUCCAGAUCUCACAGCCGGAUCCACAGACGCCUUCUGGAGCUCUGAUUCAUGUGUCUCGCUACUUGGGGAACCUGACAUACAGAGUCUGGAAGAAGAUGCAGGACAUCGUCCACUACACUCCUGUGAUUCUGGAUUCAAACACUGCUCAUCCACGUCUCGUCCUGUCUGAUGAUCUGACCAGUGUGAAAUACAGUGGAAAGGAUCAACCUGUUCCUGAUAAUCCAGAGAGAUUUGACUGUUAUUCCUGCAUUCUGGGUUCAGAGGGUUUUACCUCAGGAAAACACUGCUGGGAUGUGGAGGUCAAAGAGACUUUAUACUGGAGUCUUGGAGUAACUACAGCAUCAAACCAGAUCAAGGGUGGUGAUUUCUUUACCACUGGUAUCUGGAGUCUGGGGUAUGGUUGUACUGUAAGGUCUGGCUAUACUGUUAAACAGGAACUUGAGCGUGUGAGAGUUGAUCUGGACUGUGACAGAGGAACAGUGUCUUUCUCUGAUCCUCUUACAAACACACAUCUACACACAUUCACAACCACCUUCACUGAAUCUGUCUUUCCUUUCUUCUAUUGUGGUUUGUUUUCUUCUCUGAGGAUCUUACCGUUGAGUAGUCAGUCAAAGUUACACCUGUAGGUUUGAAUCUUCUUUUAUAUAUAAUCCACAUUACAUGAGUGAGAGUGUUGUUGAUCUGUGAUUGGUCCAGCACUGCAGACACACUGACAUUGUCAAAUCACUUUUAGACAACAGAUCAAUAAACAAGAAGCCAAAGUAACAUUGUAUUUAUGUAAAAAGAAAAAAUAUCAAGAAUAAUUUUAUGUCUUUGCAUAACCAUGUCUGUAAGAGUUAAACCUGAUUCUGCCUCUUCAAAUGAUUGAUAAUGU